UAUCAACUACCUUGCUUAAGCUCACUCCGUGGACACAUUGACAUGAUGCCCCUGUUUCUAUAUAAAAGGUUGGGUAUUUCUCUGCAUUUUGUUUUAUUUAUCAAUAUCAUUAUCAGCAGCAGCAGCAACGGCAGCAAUUACUAUCUUAACAGCAACUUUUACAAAUUAACAGCAAUAACUUUAACAUUUCAAUACACUGUAAAUUUAACUUACUGCCAAUUUAUCAUGUCACUAUUUAAUCCAGAUAAAAAUUCUCCCACUUCAGGAAAGAUAAUGUUCUGGUAUCAAAUAGCAAAAACUAGUCCUAAUAGUUGGGUAUCUCAACAGUACAAAUUAUCUGAUAAAAUUGAAAUUUUAGUUAAAUGGCUCGAUAAAUUAGAUGAACGUACUAUUGGAUUUCAUUCUGCUUUGUCCGAUGAAACAAAUGUAAAACAUAUAAUUUUGAACAUUACUCGUAAGAAAUAAUAACAUUUACUAAAAUGUUAAACAAUAUGCUAUUAAUUACGCAAAGACCAUUUAUAAGUUUUUUUGGCACCUAUUAUUGGUUGAUGGCGAUCAACUGAUUAACCAGUCUUGGCUGUUUAGCCACACAAACAAUGUCACACAGCUACCAGAGCAAUAUGC